CAAGUUCACCGACUUGAGCAUCUUAACUUUGGUGGUAGCAAUAUUGUUCUGAGAUAUUUUGAGGUUUUCUUUGGGAAACCUCAUUUCCGACGAACUCUAAAUCCCGCUGAAAGAUUUUUCGUGCAAUUCUGCAUUUCUUUUUCAGAGUGUUGCAGCCACUUCCGCUCAGGAUUUCCCUUACCAAGCUGAUUUUGGCCGAAUCAUAGUCUCAUAUUUUUAGUUCUUAGUCAUCACAGAGUGAGGUAACAACUCAAAGCGUGUAUACCUUCCAAUCCCUCCGAUACUGGCUGUGAUCUGCAGAAUGGGUGCCUUAAUACCCUUCUUAGUACUCCUGAUUGGUUUCACGAUCUCAGAAGGUUUAAUGACAGAUGUUUCUCGAGAGAUCACUAUUUAUGCCAAUCAAAGUCUGACGUUGUCAUGUCAACCAAGAGAUAGUCCUAAAAACCUAGUUUACUGGCACUGGAUAAGUCGGAGUGAUAAGGUCAAGGAAAAUCUCGUGAAAAAAGGGCCAACCUUUACAAUUAGGAAUGCAGCCAUCAACGACACGGGGUUUUAUUUUUGCUCUGCUGCAGAAUGGGGAAUUUGGGGAAUAUCAUACCACAUUUUCGUCAAUGUUAUAGAGCCGGGAAAACUAUCUUGUGCCAACGGCUGGAGUUUCUACAAGAACUCGUGUUUCAUGCACUCCUCCCAUGCCGUGGAACGUGAGUGGGGAGGAGCAUCCUCUUACUGCAUUGACUCCUCUGCACAGCUGGCUAGUGUCUCAGGCGAUUCAGAUGAUGAUACUCUGCGCUUUAUGAGUGUUCUAUCCAGGCGUUCCUUCCCGGCACCCCUCUCUAAUCCUUUGACCGUUUGGGUUGGAUCCCCUAUGGGGAAUCACCUCACCCACAGUUUUUCAAUGCACCAAUACCAACAGGGUAGCAACUGCAUUGGAUUAAAUGCAACAAGAGGAAAAUUAUCCGAGUCUGCUUGUACAGAAAAAUAUACCUUUAUAUGUGAACGAGUAUUGCCAGGUGUCCCUAAAGGCGUUUCCAUCGAAUAUAUGAACUCUUCUGCUGUCCGUGUGGGAUGGAAUUUGCCUCUUCCUGGUAGCAACGUAACAAAUCAUUAUGUGGAAUUGUCUAUUGCAUCCGGGAAUGUUAUCAAACGGCAAUCAUCAUACGGAAAACAAUCGGUCAUUUUCACACUUCUCCUGAGCAACACACAAUAUAAAGUGCGAGUACAAGCCGAGAAUGCCGCGGGGAAUGGGUCGAGUUCACAGUAUGUAUCGUUCAAGACGAAUGAAAAUGUUCCGGUCAUUUACACCCCAGCAAAGAACAACGAAGUGAUUGCUGGUCACUCUGUCACACUUCGGUGUGGUCAGCCGCACCAGACCGUCCAGUGGUACAGAGACAAAAGCAAUGUACCCCUAAACGUCAGUGGCCAAGAACUAACCAUUCACAGCGUUUCCUCAAAGGAUGAAGGUACCUACCAUUGUCAGGUGGAUAAUGGUCUGAGAGUGUCCAUGAAAGUCCUGGUUGUUGAGCAUCCUGUUAUAACUGAAGUUAAAGGAAUUAUUCUUAAACAAAACGACAAAGCAAUGAUGAAAAGAGAGCUUCUGCUGCUUUGCAACACGGCAAACAGACAUCCGCUAAAGUACGCAUGGUUUAAAGAUGAUGAACCGCUGAUUAAUGGAGAGGACUCAGUUAAAGUUUCCUUACAAGACGAUGAAACCAAAUACACAUGUCAUGUGUCAAACAUAGCCGGAAAAACUUCCAGAUCCUUGGUCAUCUCCCCUAUGGGAGGACCAGAAGUAUCAGAGGUCGGUCACGGUACCGAUCGCUCCUUGUCAACCAAUUUGGUCAUCGUCAUUGCUGUUUUGUCCGUUCUCCUCAUAAUCUGCUCUGUUGUGGGUUUUACCCACAGAAAGAUCACAAAGUUAAUAACUGAGAAAAGGAAAUCCAGAAAAUUGACAGUGCAGAGCACCUCUACUGAGAUGGCAACUGUGGAGGAAAUGGAGUCGCCGAGACCAGAGUCACGGACCGAAACUAUCACGCGUGAUAACGAUGAGGUUUUCCCAUAUGAUGUUAUAUCGGCAUGGACUGAUUCAAACGGGCUUUACAUGAGCUUGAGACGCGAGGGAAACGAUGGCGAACUUGAAGAUGCCACGCAAGUUGCAAGAACUGACUAUACUAACAUUUCCCCUAGCAAUCGUAACGAUAGCGCAGCUAAUUGCAUGUACGCCCCAUUGAUUCAUACUGCAGGAUUGCAAAGUGCUAGAGAAAUGAAACGUCCAUACGUGAACGUGGACACCAUAGAGACUUCAUCAGAUAGGUAGAAAAAACCUUAUAUGGUUAUCAAAUGGCCUUUAAAAAGGCUAUUUCCUUGUAAAACCUUGUAAUUUCUGGUUUUGCUCCUGUUUGGCUGAAAACGGCGCGAAACAGAAUUAAUGUACAUUUAAAUUGUGUUCCUCAAGUGCGAAGCCGAAGUGUGAAUACUAUUAUGUUUGACUCCUUGACUUUGAGACGGUAACGAAGCCAGCUAAGAGUAGUUUACCUUUAGUAGCAACCGCUCUGUAUAUUUGUAGUUGGACUUAUCAUUAUUUUUUUUUUUGAAAUUUUACUCGCCUCAGAAGGUUCAGUUAGGUCUUUUUGCCCCUUUGGUAUAGUCUACCUACGGAGGACUUUGGAAUAUAAAGGUUAACAAAAAGGAAACUCCCAUCCCUCAAAGCAAUGAAGGAUAUGUCUUGAAAUGAGGAUAGGAUGACCCAGAUACCUUUUAAUUUAUGUCCAAGAAAGUAGGUACGUGCGCUAGGUAAGACAGUGACGAAAGAGAGCUAGGGAAGCGAGCUGUAUUUUGAUCCCGAAGCAAGAGUUGAAUUUAACCCUUUACACCAUAACAUCAGUAUGCAUAUUCUCCUUGUUGUUCUGUAUAAAGUUCUGAGGUGCUGGCAAGGGGAAUUUGUUUAACAAGCAGGAGCUUCUGUACUUGAUGAUUAUUUUCUUAAUUCUCGUCACCUUACUGAGUGAUUCAUGGG